UAAGUCACAACUGAUCUGAACUGCUUCGUGGAUAGUUAUCGAAAAUAUUGGGCGAAGACAAUGUGAUCUAUGGCAGAACUUAACCCGCUAUGGUAUGAGGAAUUUCCCGCAAUAAUCCAGCUUUAGCUGCCAAAAGUGUGCAAUACAACCCACGCGUUGUGUUAUACAUAUCUUCUUCCGCAAAUGGUACACGUGUACAAAAUAUACUUUUUGUGAGGAUUAGUAAGAGUGUUCUGACCAAAAAUUUCGAUGUCCAUAUCGAAACUUAUCGGAAAAUUCUUUGGAUGUUUAAAGAGAUAAAACUUAUACGAACAAUAUUAUUAUAGCAGCUUAUACUCUUUAUCUAUUACGGAUAUUUUAAAAUUUACAGACACCGCCUAUAAACGUCAUUUGAACUUUUAACAACGUGCAAAUAACAUGAAGAUGGAAUUUCACUUAAUGUAUCGCUAUACAUGGAUACACAAUUAUUUCAGUAUCUUAAGAAUUAAAUGACAAAGAAAAAUCAAUCAUUCAACUUUACUUUAUAUAUAUGACAGAGAAACUAUUCAUCUCACCUGAACAACUACUAUUUGGAUCUUUAAAACGGAAAAUAUUUUAGACUCACGCAUAUACAAAAAUUAAAUGGCAAGAAAGAUUAUAAUUAUACAUAACCACGAUUUGCAGCUUUUAAUAUUAAAUGUAUAACUUGUUCAUACAAGUUUGAGAUAUUAUUUAUUUAUUUUAAACCAAAUCAAAUUAAAAAGUAAAUGGACUGGACGUGUAUUUGAAUUUAUAGUGUUCGUUGUGUAUGUUCAAAUAUCAAGCAGGAUAUGAAAUAAGGAAUAUUGUUUAUGGGAUCUAUAAAUUUUAAGUGAAAAAUCACCUGUUAUCUGCAGUUUAUUAUGCAACCGCUAUAAAAGUGUAUUGCCUACUUAUAUACCCGAGAAAUACACAAUUGUCAACAAAUCGAUCUUUAAUAUGUACCUGAAAAUAACAGGUAUACAGAUCGAUAUUGGAUCUUCUCAGUGUUAACUUUAUGGCGAGUGAUGGAUUGUAUGUAAUGGCUGUAAGUGGGAUUUAUGGAUAUCAUGCAACUAAAACUGGUCCGAAAUGUUCCCUAGUGUGGAUGGCCAGCUGUUUUGUCAUCCCGCCGUCUGUGCAAUGUCGAAAUAUAGGGACUUGGGAUGACAUCUCCGAUGAUCUUCAUCGUCUUGAAUAUGGUGACAGUGAAAGUGAUCAUGUUAUGCCACGGAUGCUGACUCAUGCAGAUUUACACAGCGAAUCGCAAAAUAAUGUCAAUGAAAUCUAUCGGUUAUCCCCUGAACCUUACCGAAGUGAUCGGGAUGGAAAUUCUGAUCAAGAAAAAGACAGAAGCUUCGAACAUGAAGACCCGAUUGAUGACUAUCUUGCAGAAUAUGCUCAAAUUAUUUCAUCUAAGGACGAGGAAGAGGAGAACUAUACAGAGGAAUAUAUUAGACCAUCAGAGACAAGUUUUCAGACACAUGACGAGAAAAGGCAAAAGUUUGCUCGACGGAAAAGUUGUUCGGAUGUAAGUAAAAAAGCAGGUUUGUCAUUUGGUUUAAGUGUUCCGAAAGACCAAACUGCCGAUGAUUUUCAUGUGCACACGUCUCAAACGUCUGCUACAAAAUCAUCUAAGCCAGAAAAGUUCGAUUUGAAAAACAUAACUGCAAUGGCUCGAAGAAUGUCUAUUCCAAUUUUAGACAAAUCUGAAGACGUUGACCACGGAACAAAAGUUUACGGUGAAAAGUUGAUCAAGAAAAGUAAAACGACAAAACAAUUCCGAGAGGCCUUUUCAGAGGAAACGGAUGAUUAUAUUCCUCACAGAGCUCCCAAAACGUUAUCAAAGUCCUUAACCACUACUGAAAUAGAAAAUGCGUGUGAUGAAUUAAAGAAUGAAAAGCCUGGGAGUAUGAAAAAUAUUGUCGCAGAGUUAAAACUUAGGGGCCAAAAUUUCAAUGAAAGUCAUCGUAGCAAUGAAAAUCAUAACGACCAAGACAUUAAUUCAUAUCAGAAAAUGUCGAAAUCUUUAACAAUGACCGAAAUAGAAAAAGCAAGCGACGACUAUAAAAUAGAAUCCCCGGUUCAAUUCAGGAGUGUAGUGAAAGAACUCCAGCAACGCACCGAAGAGGUAACGGAAGAUGGAUAUCAUCACGACGAAUCUUUUGGAAGUACCGGUAAUAGUCUUGAUCAGUCUUUUACAGGGUCACAUACCUCAGAUAGCUCUCAUACAAAUAGUUUACGCAAAAAUAGAUCUGACGACAGUCGCAGAAUGGAAAAAAAUAAUUACAUGACGAAUAGAUCAAGUGAUCCAGUCCGAGGAUAUUCUAACAGUUUACAAAGCAAUAGGGCGUACAAUACUUGUUCUACAGAAAUGCGCAAUAAUCGCACAAACAGACAUUUCGACUCAUUGCGGGAUAGUAAUUUUUCCAAGACACUUCCUGCUAAUUUUGACGGAAAUAUCAACGGUGCUAGCACUCCAAGGAGUUUUCACUAUGAACACAAUUCUAAAAUAAACUCGACAAAGCAAAAAAAAGAAGAGCCUGCGUCAGAUCUUAUGAAGAAAUUAAACAAUCUAACGGCACAAACAAGAAUGGCAACGAGACCUAGUCUUGGAAAUAUAGAAGGAUACGAACCUUCAUCGUCAACAAUGAUGCGAUCACAUUCUGUAAUGAAUGUCUCUUCGCCACUCUCACCGAGAUAUGACCGCAAUCCUUUAUCAAGUAGUUUAAGUUCGUCUGCUUCUUCUUCUUCUGAUAUACCUGCAAUAUCUUACCACAGUGUUGUCGAUCCGUGUCACAGAUGCUGGAAGACUGUUUAUUCAUUGGAUAAAAUUGGACCAAUCAGAAAAGUACUGUAUCAUAAACAGUGCUUUCGAUGUGUCACGUGUAAUACGAUGCUUUCACUGAAUACUUACAAACACAAUGUGAAUGACAAGUCGGACGUGCAAAUUUACUGCAAGAAACACGUUCCGACACUAGAAUCACCUCACAUCGACUUAGGGGCGAAAAAUUUAAAUGUGAUGAUGCAUCAUCCAAAACUGGAUAGUGUGAAUACAAAUAUCAGAGGGUCAUUAGAAGAUAAACGUAAAAGUAGGAAUCUUCAUCCUUUAAGUAUAGGACGUGCCGUCAGCACUCCUAGACUAGAUUUAAUUUGUGGACCAAAUGAUAACUCCGAAUCAUAUGGUGAUUCUAGUAUCGACAAAAAUGGCAAUGUUAGUUUGCGAGAAUUGAAAAUGGACGAUACACCGAGGUCUGUUUGGUCGAGGUCGUCCUUCUCCGCUGCUAAAUUGGAUCUGACGGUACCAGCUUCCGGUAGGACAGGUUCGUCGCUAUACCGAACAGUUGACACAUGGAAUUACCUAUGAAUAUUAUGGAUAUAACGCAAUAUUUAGUACAUAUAGUCAAUGUGUUCAAAUGAAGUUAUAAUGGAUAAUAUUUAUCUCAUUUUAAUCUUUAAUCAGUUUUUAUAGUUUACAUUUCAUCAUCAGUUGUUUGUAUCGUUUGGUCAAGACAGCAAAAUAUUUUCAAAAGUUAGGAGUGCCGGUUUUUGAUACUAGGAUUGACACACCAAAGAAAGCUUUGUCAUUUACAAAAUAUGUUGGUAAAUGCUUCACUCAUAGUCGUUAAUUUCAGUUUUAUACUAGUACAUGUAUAUGUUUUAUUCAUAUAGACACGAUAUAUCUACAUUUACAGAGAAACAAAACAUUUAUAAAGUAGACUCGAAAUGAGAAACAUCAUUUGUUAAAUAUGCAAAAUGUUUCUCUAUUUAUGAUAUUUGAAAUACCAUGAAAUGUAUUUAAGGUUACGGUAUACAAAAAUAUAUUUUUCUGGAUUUAAUCUAUGGCUAGUACACUUUUCCCCCUUUAUUUUAACGGUUUAAAAGCCUUGCCUAUUACUGUGCUAAUGUGUUUAAUUGAUAUAUCUACAUAUUUGGGGGUUUUAUGGAUUAAAUUGGCAUAACACCAAACAUUUAAAUACAAACAAAACAAAAAAUCACGCCUUAAAUGAUUCAAGAUUCAAAGAAUAUUAUGUUUGUUUAAAUUUUGGAAUGAUCAUAACUUAUGUCUUUAUAAAAGUGACUAACAAAAUUUCGAACACAUCAUCGACAUGACUUAUUACAUAACAUUUUUUCUGUUAAGUUUUAUGAUGACUAAUUUUUAAUGUUUAAAUUUUGCAGUCAACCCAUUUAUUUAAUCGAUAGCUUUAAGCGUACAUAAUUUGGUCCGUUAUUUAUUUAGACAAAAUUGUACACGAGAAUGUUAUAUUGCAAUUAAAAGGUACUUAUAUUUUGUAAUAAAUAUAUAUGUAGCAAGCA